AGGCAUCUGAAAAUUACACAUAAUUGAUAACCUACAAUACAAAAACAACAAUUGUCCAAACUACCAUAUUUACCAUAAUAUGAAUUUAAAUAAUCUCUAUCAUACACUGCACAAUUGUCUCAGACAUCAGAGACUAAUACAAAUCUACAAAGCCACUAAAUUAUUUAAUUACUAUUUUUUGAUUCCGGAAACAAAGCCAACACGACACAUAAAAUUGCUAAUUGCGUGACAAAGGUUAGCCCACUAUUGAAACUUCAGUACAUAGACUAUACUUUACAAUAUUUUAUACUAGCGCAAACCUCGCUAAGUAUCAAAUUCAAAUAUAUCUGAAAUGAAGGUUAUUUUUUUCUAUUAGAUUUAUACUCUUUUAAUAUAUCAUUAUAUAAAAUACUUGAAUUGUUAGUGUCUGUUCGUUUGUUCACAGUAUCAUUAGUUUUUAUAAAGAUCAUUUCACUAACAUUACGUUUCCACCAAUUCAUUUCUUUAUCCAAGAUUUCUAUCUUAUCAAACUUAAAAUUAUGAUGUUGGUCAAAGUGGUGGGUUGCUAAUGCUGUUUUAUUCUCUUUUAAUAUAUUAAUAUUUUUACAAUCAUAAAUGUGUUGUUUUACUCUAUUACUCAAAUACUGCCUAGUUUGUCCAACAUAGCAUAAGUCACACGAACAAGGUAUUUUAUACACUAUUCCAGUUUGUUGUUGUUUAUUUACUGGAUCUUUUAACUUAGAAUAGAUUGAAUUAACUCUCAAGAUGUUAUAAAAUGCUAAUCUUACAUGAGUUCCUAUAAAAACUCUGUUUAAUUUAUGUGAUAAUUCUGCUAUAUAAGGAAACCGACAAUAUCUAAUGUUAUUAUUAUUUGAGUUGACCAAACUCCUUGGUUUAUUAUUUAAGUUCUCUUUAAAUUUAUUUAUAACACUGUCUACUAAUGGUAUUUCAUAAUUAUUAUUCAACAAUAUGUUACGAAUCUUACCAAAAUUAAUUUCAUAAAAAUCACUACUACUUAACUUUGUCAUUCUAUCAAGUAAACCUUUUAUCAUACCUAUCUUCUGAGACCGAGGAUGAUUUGAAUUCCAAUUUAAUAGCCGACCUGAACUAAUGGGUUUGACAAACCAAUCAGUUAUCAAUUUAUCAUUUGAUCUUUUGACUAACACAUCUAGAAAAGAUAAACUAUCAUCCUUUUCUACUUCCAUGGUAAAUUGUAUAUUAUUGUCAAAGCUAUUAAAUAACUCUAAGAUAUUAUUUACUUCCGACUCCGGUAUGGCUGCGAUAGUAUCAUCCACGUAUAACUUUAAGAAGUGAAUUUCAAACGGUAGAAUCUUCAAUAUCUGAUCGAUGACAUAGUUCAUAACGAUGUUAGCUAUGACUGGACUUGCAGGGUUUCCCAUACUGCUGCCUUCCGUUUGUGCAUAGAACUCUCCUUGAUAUACAAAGUAACUUGAAUCAUAACAAAACGUAAUGAGGUCAACUAACACACUCUUAGGAAUUUUUACUAAAUGCUUCAUGUUAUCCCAAGUUUCCUCAAUUACUUUAAGAAUCAAGUCACGACGUACAUUCGUGAACAAUGACACUACAUCCAAUGAAAUCAGUACAUAAUUCUUCGGUAAGCUAACCUUUCUACUAAAUGUCACGAAGUCAAAUGAAUUUUUUACAUUAUAUUGAAACUUCUCAAUCACUGGAGUCAGUAUUUCAUGUAGGAACCGUGCCAGGCUGUAACUCGGGGAAUUAACACAACUGACCACUGGACGCAAACAACAAGUCUCCUUAUGUGUUUUCCUCAAACCAUAAAUCCUGGGUGCAACAGUAUACUUUGCUUUCAGAUGUUUACCUUGUUGUUCCUCAACAAUUUUUGCUACUACUAACUUGUUCACUAAACUGUUUGCAACUUUUUGCCAUUUAUUUGUAGGAUCCUUUUUCAGUAAUUUAUAUGUCACCUUGUCAUUCAACAUCUUUCUCAUUUCAGUGUCAUACUCAGUUUUUAACAUUUUUUUUCAAGUAAUGAGAAUUGCACAUGGAGAUGAAGUAGUAAGAUCAGUAAAGGAAUGGUCGAAUAGCAUAAUUAAAUUGGCAUCAUUACAUAACAGAAAAAUUUUCUUACUAAAAUGCCGUACAAAUAAUAUUAUUCCUAAACAUAUCAGUAAUAAUAUGAAAUGUAUUUUAUCAUUAAAUAUUGAGGAUCAUCCUUUUAAGAAGAUGUCGGAUAGAUUGAUUACGGGUUUUCAAGGUUCGAUAUUGAGUCUGGAGAUAAAGGUGACACUAUGGAAAUUAGAGCAACAAAAUAAACGGAUAGUAGACAUGGAGGAUAAAGUUAAAGGUUUGGUCUCAGAACAGUUAUUUAGAAGAUGUGUGGUAAUGAUCAACAAAAGAUAUGAAUAUAAUUUUAAUAAGAUAAAAAAUACCAACAUUAAAAAAUUUGAUAUAUUAAUUAAACAAAAAAUAAACCGUCAUACAUUAUCAAGCAAGAGUAAACAUAUUUACAAUUAUACAGAUGUACAGCUACCAACUGAAGUAGAAAUGAUAUUGAACUUAGAACCUAAGUUUGGUAUAGAAAUAAAAGAAAAGUGGAAGGUGAUACCAACUGUGAUUAAGGAUUUAGAAUUUGGAAUUGAAGCUGUACAGUUGGAUGAUUGUAACGAUGAAGGAAAAGAUAUUGUUAAGAAUAAUUUGAGAUCUAAAGCGAUUAAUGUAAUUUCUAACUAUUACAAAAAAACAAAAACAAAAAAAAAAAAUGAUAGACUAAAUCAUACAGUAUUAAUAAAAAAUUUAUAUAUUACUCGAAAAUUUCUAAAAGAGAGACCGGACUUAAUAGUUGCAAGAGCGGAUAAAGGGAACACAACAGUGAUAAUGUUAAAAACUGAGUAUGACACUGAAAUGAGAAAGAUGUUGAAUGACAAGGUGACAUAUAAAUUACUGAAAAAGGAUCCUACAAAUAAAUGGCAAAAAGUUGCAAACAGUUUAGUGAACAAGUUAGUAGUAGCAAAAAUUGUUGAGGAACAACAAGGUAAACAUCUGAAAGCAAAGUAUACUGUUGCACCCAGGAUUUAUGGUUUGAGGAAAACACAUAAGGAGACUUGUUGUUUGCGUCCAGUGGUCAGUUGUGUUAAUUCCCCGAGUUACAGCCUGGCACGGUUCCUACAUGAAAUACUGACUCCAGUGAUUGAGAAGUUUCAAUAUAAUGUAAAAAAUUCAUUUGACUUCGUGACAUUUAGUAGAAAGGUUAGCUUACCGAAGAAUUAUGUACUGAUUUCAUUGGAUGUAGUGUCAUUGUUCACGAAUGUACGUCGUGACUUGAUUCUUAAAGUAAUUGAGGAAACUUGGGAUAACAUGAAGCAUUUAGUAAAAAUUCCUAAGAGUGUGUUAGUUGACCUCAUUACGUUUUGUUAUGAUUCAAGUUACUUUGUAUAUCAAGGAGAGUUCUAUGCACAAACGGAAGGCAGCAGUAUGGGAAACCCUGCAAGUCCAGUCAUAGCUAACAUCGUUAUGAACUAUGUCAUCGAUCAGAUAUUGAAGAUUCUACCGUUUGAAAUUCACUUCUUAAAGUUAUACGUGGAUGAUACUAUCGCAGCCAUACCGGAGUCGGAAGUAAAUAAUAUCUUAGAGUUAUUUAAUAGCUUUGACAAUAAUAUACAAUUUACCAUGGAAGUAGAAAAGGAUGAUAGUUUAUCUUUUCUAGAUGUGUUAGUCAAAAGAUCAAAUGAUAAAUUGAUAACUGAUUGGUUUGUCAAACCCAUUAGUUCAGGUCGGCUAUUAAAUUGGAAUUCAAAUCAUCCUCGGUCUCAGAAGAUAGGUAUGAUAAAAGGUUUACUUGAUAGAAUGACAAAGUUAAGUAGUAGUGAUUUUUAUGAAAUUAAUUUUGGUAAGAUUCGUAACAUAUUGUUGAAUAAUAAUUAUGAAAUACCAUUAGUAGACAGUGUUAUAAAUAAAUUUAAAGAGAACUUAAAUAAUAAACCAAGGAGUUUGGUCAACUCAAAUAAUAAUAACAUUAGAUAUUGUCGGUUUCCUUAUAUAGCAGAAUUAUCACAUAAAUUAAACAGAGUUUUUAUAGGAACUCAUGUAAGAUUAGCAUUUUAUAACAUCUUGAGAGUUAAUUCAAUCUAUUCUAAGUUAAAAGAUCCAGUAAAUAAACAACAACAAACUGGAAUAGUGUAUAAAAUACCUUGUUCGUGUGACUUAUGCUAUGUUGGACAAACUAGGCAGUAUUUGAGUAAUAGAGUAAAACAACACAUUUAUGAUUGUAAAAAUAUUAAUAUAUUAAAAGAGAAUAAAACAGCAUUAGCAACCCACCACUUUGACCAACAUCAUAAUUUUAAGUUUGAUAAGAUAGAAAUCUUGGAUAAAGAAAUGAAUUGGUGGAAACGUAAUGUUAGUGAAAUGAUCUUUAUAAAAACUAAUGAUACUGUGAACAAACGAACAGACACUAACAAUUUAAGUAUUUUAUAUAAUGAUAUAUUAAAAGAGUAUAAAUCUAAUAGAAAAAAAUAACCUUCAUUUCAGAUAUAUUUGAAUUUGAUACUUAGCGAGGUUUGCGCUAGUAUAAAAUAUUGUAAAGUAUAGUCUAUGUACUGAAGUUUCAAUAGUGGGCUAACCUUUGUCACGCAAUUAGCAAUUUUAUGUGUCGUGUUGGCUUUGUUUCCGGAAUCAAAAAAUAGUAAUUAAAUAAUUUAGUGGCUUUGUAGAUUUGUAUUAGUCUCUGAUGUCUGAGACAAUUGUGCAGUGUAUGAUAGAGAUUAUUUAAAUUCAUAUUAUGAUGCCUGAUGAAGGUCUAAUAAAAGACCGAAACGUUGCUAAAAUAAUAAUGUAAUUUGUUAUAAUAGUCCUAUCUUGUCCACAUUCCUGAGAUACACGAAAAAGAUAUUAUUAUUUGAGUAUAUAAUUACUAGUGUGAGUCCGCAAGAGUAGGUACCAGCAAUCCCCCCCCACCCCUCGAUUUGUAUGGAUUAUCCUGCGUUAAAAAAAAGCAAAAAGGUACCACCACUCUGCCUCUUUCUGUCGUGAAGCAAUAACACGUUUCGGUUGAAGGGUAGGGCAGUUGUUGUACUGUAAAAACUCAUGCCUCAAGGUGGGCGGCGGCAUUUACGUUGAUGAUGUCAACGGGUACCGCUAGUCAUUUAACAGCUGGUUGGUCGUGAACGCGUUCACUCUAAGCAAUAAGAAAUAUACUUAUAAAAUUACACAUGCUCAGCUAAUUAGACCCAUUCGUAAAUAUAUACAUAUAAAAUUACACAUAAUAUUCAGAUAAUUAUAUUAGACCUAUUUAUUCGUUUUAAUUGUUUAUUAGGAAAAGGAAAUGAUUAAACUCACAGCGGAUGUGUUGCUGCCCUGCGAAUUAGAAUUCUUGGUCAUCGCAAAAUGGCAAUUUAUUUGUGGCAACGAAAAACGACAAUGAUUGUGAUGGAACACUUUGCACGGUACAGAUUGAAAACGAGACAAAACUAGCUUGCCGUUUCACAAUUCACUGUCAUUCGCCGCCAUAAUUUGUUGUCUGACUGAAAGGAAUUUACGUAAUUCCCCGAACAAAAUAUACGUUUGCGCGUUCCGUUUAUGUUUUUAAUAUAUCACUAUGCGCAUACCUAAUUUUAUUUCUUGAAAACAAUAAGUUUCGUAUGUGGCAAAUAAAAAUCUAAAACAAAGUGAAAUAGAUAAUUGACAUGUUGAUGAAAUGACAUGUAAAAACGUAUUCUUGUAUUUUGAAAAAUUAUAUUGAAAUAAUUAUUUUCUUCGUAUAAAGAAACUUCCGUUCAAUCGGAUGGGGAUUAUCUGUGAACUAUCUCGAGAAAAACCAGAUUCAAAUGAAUGUUCAAGGCUACUGCGUAAAACUACUAUUUACACUUAUUUUAUAUAUUAUAUCAUAAAUCUGA